AUGACACGACUUUCAGAACGCAAGAAUGUACUACAAACUACAUCCAAAGAAGACCUAAUACCGGUUAUCAUCGCUUCAUUAGAAACUCCUUUCUUCCUAAUAGUGGACCUAAUGUAUCCCUUAGGUGGGGGUCAUACGACGGGAACACGAAAACAGUACCAGUUCUCCAAAAACCCUUUAUCGAAAGACCCGACAUGUGGCCCGCCCCACAGAACAGGAACAUGUACCUUAAUAACCGAGUGCCCCUACUUUAUGAACUUAAUAGGACACGCAAACUUAAAAUCAGUACCAGGGCCUGUGUUACACCAGGUUAAAACAAACAUGUGUGGAGAACUGGACCAAACUUACAAAGUGUGUUGUCCUGAAGACAACCGCAAUCUCAGCAGCCACCGGAAUUUCCAUUUGCUACCGUUGACAACGUGUGGGUUCAUCCUUCAUGGGGGCAGAAUUACAAACGGGGACACAGCUACCCCUCGAGAGUUUCCCUGGAUGGCUUUAAUCGCCUACAAAACAGAAGACGAAAACGAAUUUAAGUGCGGGGGGAGCCUCAUCACCAGAAACUAUGUUUUAACGGCGGCCCAUUGCGUAGAUGAUAAAUCCGUGCUGGGUAUUCGUCUGGGGGAGUACGACAUAUCGCUAGAGCACGAGUACAAAAUAAUAAUUCAUAAAAAUUAUAACCCUUCCACUUACAUCAACGACAUAGCUUUAGUUCGACUGUUAGCUCCAGCAAACACCGAAAAUGCUAAUGUAAAACCUAUCUGUUUACCAACCGGUGACCUACUCAAAGCAAACUUAGUCGGAAAAUACUUGACGUUAACCGGGUGGGGUAUCACCGAAUCAGGUCAUAAAAGUAUGAUUUUGAAGAAAGUUUCGGUUCCAGUGGUUCGACUAAGUGCAUGUCGAAGGGCGUACGGGAAACAGACUCUACAUCCGAAGAAACAGAUUUGUGCUGGUGGGCACGAUUCUGGAUUCUUAAAUUAUGGGGGCUGA